UGAUAUGAUAUCUAUAUUAUAAUAUUUAGGACUAUGAUAUGAUUCGGUAUUUUGUGAGGACACUUCUUCAGUUCCAGUUUUUAGAGAGUCUUUGUCAGGAGUCAGGUCAUACUGGUCCCCUUCAUAGAUGUGAUUUCUCUGGUUCUGUUGCUGCUGGAGCAAAACUUACAGAAAUGUUAAACCUUGGAGCUUCUGUACCCUGGCCCAAGGCAUUGAAGAAAUUGACCGGUACAGAGAAAAUGUCUACAAAACCCAUUUUGGAGUUUUUCCAGCCCCUUCAGGAAUGGCUUAAGGAAGAAAAUAUGAAGAAUGGAGACAGGGUUGGAUGGAACUAAGUAGCUGUAAAGAAAAUGUUUUCAGGGGUGUAUAUUUUCUAGAAAAAAAUCCGUUCACCCUCCUUUCUUUGUUUGUUCUUAUUUAUCAUAGAGAGGAAAAACAUGAUUUAGUUUCAAAUUUUAUUUCUUUUCAUCAAAGAAAAUAUAUGUCCCUGGACUUUGGAUGUUAAUUCAUGAGAAUAUAUACCCCUGGACUUUGGAUGUUAAUUCAUGAGAAUAUAUGUCCCUGGACUUUGGAUGUUAAUUCAUGAGAAUAUAUAUCCCUGAACUUUGGAUGUUAAUUCAUGAGAAUAUAUACCCCUGGACUUUG